AUAUCACUUCAACUGUUAUGGCAGAUCUCGAUUUGAAGUCUAUCCUCGACUAUACUGUCACCCUCGCUUACGACGCUGGAAAACUGAUAAUCGAAGGGUCCGAGGCUAUCCUACAGCCAGCAUCUGUCGUCGACACCAAGAAGAACGCAGUUGACCUUGUCACUGAAUACGACGUCCGAGUGGAGGAGCUUGUCAAAGAAAAACUGGGGGAGAAGUAUCCCUCAUUCCAGUUUAUUGGCGAGGAAUCUUACGCAGCGGGUGCUCGCCCAGAAUGGACGGACGAGCCGACGUGGUGUGUUGACCCCAUUGAUGGAACAACCAAUUUCGUGCAUGGCUUCCCUAUGGUAGCUCUCUCCAUCGCUCUCUUGGUCAAGCGCCAAUCAGUUUUGGGCAUCAUAUAUAACCCUUUCCUCGAAACUAUGUACACGGGCAUCAAAGGUGGGGGCUCGUACGUCACGCGUGGUGGCCCCGAUGGUGUCCGCCGAAAGUUGCCUUUCGCGAACCCUCCUCAACCUCUCCCUUCGUUGAGCAAAGCACAACUAGCUGUUGAAUGGGGCUUCGAUCGUCGUAUUCCACCUUUGGCUGCUCGUGCCGAGAGCUUCCACCGGCUGGUGAGCGACGCCGCCAAUGGAAUCCAUAAGGCCCGCAUGGCGCACUCCUUGCGGUCGCUCGGUACCUCUGCUAUGAACUUUGUAUAUGUUGCACAAGGUGCCUUCGACAUGUACUGGGAAAUCGGCCCCUGGCCCUGGGAUGUUGCUGCAGGAGUCAUCAUUGCCCAAGAAGCAGGCGGCUUGGCCACCGGUUCCCAUGAGGUCUUUGAUGCAAGCAAAGACACUAUCACUUUUGGCGAGGUCGGCGAGGAGAUCCUGACGUCGAGGAAAUACCUCGUCAUCCGUCCAAUUGGUGAUACUGAGAAUGAGACUGGCCGAGAAGCUCAGAAGCGAAUCAUCUCCGAAUUCUAUGAAACCGUCAUUGACUACGACACGGUUUAGGGUAUCGGCACGCGGCCAGCCUAUCGGCAGUGUUCGUUGCAUUUGUAGGACCCGGUGUUCAUAUAGAGUCGUUCCCAUAAAAGCCUGUACCGAUUGAUCCUGUAAUUUUAUCCAUGCAAGUCUUCAGCCAAACAUAGUUGUUCCAUGACGUUGCAAAUCGACCUUUGCUGCGCAAAAACUGGCGCUGGUCUAGCAGGCUGC